AGAUGGUCUUGUUUAAGGAAUUUCCGGUUUACUUCCGGCGAAUUCUACCUGCCUUUCUCUUUCUCUCCAGAAAGGAAGGGAAGAAAACAGAAUAGGCGGUUGGCCUCGGAAAGCGGUGGGCCUCGACCCUCAGCCGCUCCUUUUGCCCUCCUGAAUUCUACGCCCUCGUCGGAGUAAGUUAAAGCAACCUUCGCGCAGGUUGUAGCCCGGAGCGGAAGAGAUGAAGAGAGCGCCUCUUGGGCUUCUUCUUGGCCGAGCGGGGAUCCUGCUGGGUCUUCCUUUUCAAGCGAGCGGACUCUUGGGCCUGGAGGGCUUUUAAGAAAAGGCAAGAGAGCUUGUUUCUAGGCCAUUGGUUAGGAUGCCCUAGGGUCCCUGCCAAGGCGAGUAACUUUCGGCGGGGCAUCUGGGAAGAGAGAAAUCUGGAGAAAACCAGCCUCAGAAGUGGGGAUCUUCACGAGAGUCGGGGGUUAUGAUGCCUUGGCAAUUCUCGGUGCCCUACACCACUUAUUGUUAUUAUUAGGAAUAACAAGUCACACGUCAAUUCAUGGUGGUUUGGGUAUAAACGAUACUUUCCUUUCAGGUAGAAGAAUACAUGUUCACUUAUAGCACAGAAGAGCAUGUUCCCAAAUUCUUCCACUUUGAGUCGUCCACCUUUUCCACUAGAACACCAACGAUAUAAUCUCUUCAUUAAUCUUCCAGUAAAUGUACCUCCAGUUGUCUUUCCUCAGCCAUUUCGGAGUACAACAACUCUAGUGAAUGGUACUCUUUCAACCAUCCCACCUGUUUCACCACCACACUUUGCCUGUCAAAAUGAUAAUCCAUCGCAUGGAUCACCUACACCUAUGUUAUUCCGGCGCAGAAAGAGGUUGAAAGAAGAGGAUGUUCCUUAUGAAGUAAAGCGUCAGCGAUUUCAUUCACCUCAUCGUGAAUUAACUUCAGCUAACCAAUUAGUGCCUUUAAUAGAAGAUCAUAGAUAUUCAUUCUCUGGAUCAAUUUCUUCGCCAUUAUUUCAAGCACAUUACAUCUCAGAUUUAACAGGAUGUGUGCCACCAUUACAAGAACCUUCCUUUAAUAAUGCUAUAGAAGCUACACUUCCUGUAGCCAAAGAUAAGUUAAGUCAGCAAGUACUGGAGUUAUUUCAAGCAUGUCAACAACAAACCUAUGACUUGAACAAAAAAGAGCUUUGCCGUACUCAACUCCAAAGGGAAAUUCAGCAGAUCUUUCCAAAUAGUAGGCUAUUUUUGGUUGGAUCUUCAUUGAAUGGAUUUGGUACUCGUAGCAGUGAUGGUGAUUUGUGCCUAGUGGUUAAAGAGGAGCCAAUGAAUCAGAAGACUGAAGCAAGACACAUACUCAGUGUUCUCCAAAAACACUUCUGUAGGAAGCUUUCAGGCUACAUUGAGAGACCUCAACUGAUCCGAGCGAAAGUGCCAAUAGUAAAGUUCAGGGAUAAAGUCAGCUGUGUAGAUUUUGACUUGAAUGUAAACAAUGUUGCAGGAAUAAGAAAUACAUUCCUUCUGAGAACCUAUGCAUACAUUGAGAACCGAGUACGUCCAUUAGCGCUGGUUGUAAAAAAAUGGGCAAGCUUUCAUGGUAUAAAUGAUGCUAGCCGAGGCACUUUAAACAGCUAUAGUCUUGUGUUGAUGGUUUUGCACUAUUUACAAACCCUACCUGAACCUAUCCUUCCAUCCCUCCAAAAAAAUUACCCAGAAUCUUUUGAUCCUACUAUGCAGCUACAUCUUGUACAUCGAGCACCAUGCACCAUCCCUCCUUACAUUUCAAAAAACCAAUCUACACUUGGAGAGCUAUUACUAGGUUUCCUGAAAUACUAUGCUACAGAAUUUGAUUGGAACAAUCACAUGAUUUCAGUUCGUGAAGGCAAAGCUAUUCCAAGACCGGAUGGUAUUGAAUGGAGAAACAAAUUCAUUUGCAUAGAAGAACCUUUUGAUAGAACAAAUACUGCUAGAGCAGUACAUGAAAAACAGAAGUUUGAAGUUAUCAUAGAUGAAUUUCAAAAGUCAUGGCAGAGGCUGAGAGACAGGAAGGAUUUGAACUGUAUACUGCCUGUAAGAGGAAUUAUACAAAAAAGAUGAUGGGCCUCUGUCUCACUAACUGGACUUUUCUGCCCGGGAUGUGAUUUUUCUCCCUUCCCUGCUGCACUUUUUUUAAGAAGAGAAUUUUCUUUCAGGUUUUUGGUAGGAAAAUUUUUUGUAAGAAUUCAAAGAAGAUUGCAACCUUUAUAACAUUAAAUCAAUUUGAACACUGGCGUCUGGAGUUAUUCAAUCAGUGACCAAUAAAGAAACUACUGCUGUAAUACGAAUUUUGCAAAAUCUGUUGCAGUUUGAUUUCCUGUUAUUAUGUAUUGUAGUAGUUUAUGCACCCACACUAAAUACUGAAACAGAAAGAUGAAUGUAUGACAGCCAGCAGUGAUAAUAAAAGAUAUAAUGGUGUACUUUUCCAUAAGAGUAAGAAGUACAAGUCAGUAGGCCCUGCUUUACAACUAUUAAUUAUAAUAUGCACUUUAGCUCAUUCCAGUUUUAAUACCAUAGUAAUAAACACCAGCUUUUAAGCAAUAUUAACAACUUAGUCCUGAUUAUUCCUAUUGAUCCAGGCUGAUUCUCAUUGAAAUCAUGACUUGUAUUUGGCCUAUGCUAAUUGCAUACAAGAAUCUAUUUGAUUAGAUGUUGCUGUAUACAAGAAUGAAAAUCUUCACAAAGAAAUGUAAAUAUUGAGAAAUAUAUGUAUUUUAUUUUGAUUUGAUUUGAUAUUUCCCAAAUAUGCAGAAUUUUAUCACAGGUAACAUUCAGUAACAGGAGGCCCUAGCUGUUGUCUGAAUUAGUACAUCCCAAAUAUGCAAUUAUUGCUUUUUUGAAGAAUUUCUGUCUAUGGAACCUUAGUUGAAAUUUUAUAACUAAGAGUUCACUAAUAUUUAGGCUGUAGUGUCAGAUUACUAUAUUCUAGUGAUCAUGUACUGUAGUGCCUUCCUGAGGGAAUAAAAAUAAACAAAACAGAAGCCUAGGUACUGCAGAUCUGAAAUUUUUGUCCUUUCCUUUUUACAAAAUGAAGUAGCAAGAGUUUGAUGCUCCUUUCAGACCAGCAGUAGCUUUAAACUAUUAUGAAGCAGAUGGAAAGCAAGCACAAUCAAAAGUGAUGGUCCCCUUAAUUGCAUUUCUGAUACAAUAUGAAAAAAUGAAAACCUGCAAAGGUUGUACUGCUGCCUGUACAUCCUAGCUAUAUAAAAUUCUUGCAUCACAAUAAAUGUAAGAAGUGUACUCUGCACUUCCUCAUGCUUUGCUCCAGGAUGUGGAUCUGCCCUGAGUCAGGCUCUCAACAUAUUCUUUCUGUAUCAAUAAUGUAUUGAUGAUUGCUAAUCGUAACUGCUACAAUAACAUUUUUUUAAAUUUUUGUUUCUGUGUAAAUAUUAGAACCGCUAUAUAACUUGGGAUUUAAAACCUUAAAUUUUAACUUUUUUUCUAAAACUUCUUUUAGAUCUGCUGUAGCACAAUUUGUGCCUCUUAUAUUUAUUGCAGACCAAGUAAUAUGUUAACAAAUAAUUACUUUUCAUUGGUGUCAACCUUGCAUUUUUUUUCUUUAAGUUUAAACGUUUUAUUGUGUUAAGUGGAAUAAAGUUUCUCUGUUGAAAAUAAAGUA